AUGCACCAGCUCCAGGCCAGUGCUAAAGACCUGGCGGAGGUCGAGCGGCUCCGCAGCCUCGACGGGGGAGAGUGCUUCAAGUGCGGCAGGGCUUGCGCUCACUGCUGCGGUCCGUCAUCCGAGAUGGAUCCCUCAAAAAAGAAGAGCUCCAGAAGCAGUCAGGGGGGCUCCAGAAACAAUCAGGGGCUCGAGGAGAAGGAGGCGGAGAUUGCCAGCCUGAGGGCCAGGAAAGAGGAGCUCGAGAAGGAGAAGCUGAGCAUGCUGUCCAUGAUCGACAAGCUGAGCGGCCAGAUCGCAAAGCUGAAGGACGUGUCGCGGGCUGCCGGCCACGGCGACCUCAUCGACAGCAUGCUGGAGGAGUCCAAGCUCUCCGACACGAUGCAGAGCGAAGAGAUGUCCUGCUUCCUCCGGCUCUACGAGGACGCCGUGCGGCGCAUGAAGAGGGUGGAGGCCGUGGCCGCGCAGAAGCUGGCCGCCGCCGGCCAGGGCGCCUCCCAGCUGGCCCGGCAGUUCCCGGCGGUCUCCCUCGAGGCCCAGCAGCCCUCCGGCCCCUCCGAGUGGCCGGACAGCCCCGCCAGCCCCGGCGGCAGGGCGGGGGGGCGGCAGGGCGGCGGCCCUGCGGAGGGCCGCUACGCCCGGCUGCCCCGGCUGCUGCAGGGGCUGGACUGUG